CCAGAAACGUUUCGCAAAUCAUUUUGGUUCACAAAGAAACGCCUCGUUUUCAUUCCAUGGAAGAGAACUCCAUUCGCAGACAGAUCAAGAGAAGAGAUUCCCAAAAUUUAGGACUUAGGAGUGUGUUUCUUCUUUACAGAACCUACUGAAAUCUAAAGCAUUAGAUUCAGAUCACUGUAAGAGAUAGCAGAGGCAGUAGACAAACAAUCUGUAAAUACAGUGAGUCAGUGAGAGAGAGAGAGAGAGAGAGAGAUGGGAUGGGGAGUGGCGAUUUACGAGGCGGUAGUGAUGGCUGGUUCGCUUUGCCUGUUGGGCUGCGCAGGGCUGUGGUUCUUGAACCGGAGACUCUACAAAGAGUAUGAAGAGAAGAGAGUGUUAGUUCAGAUCAUAUUCAGCGUCGUUUUUGCUUUCUCUUGCAAUCUUCUUCAGCUUGUUCUCUUUGAGAUCAUCCCUCUCCUCUCCAAAGAGUCAAGAUGGAUUAACUGGAAGGUGGAUCUCUUUUGUUUGAUGUUGUUAUUGGUGUUCAUGUUACCUUAUUAUCAUUGCUACCUAAUGCUUUGUAACAAUGGUGUAAGGAAGGAACGAGCUGCACUUGGAGCCAUCUUGUUCUUGCUGGCCUUUCUUUAUGCUUUUUGGCGCAUGGGCAUUCACUUCCCAAUGCCUUCACCUGAUAAAGGUUUCUUUACCAUGCCUCAGCUUGUCAGCAGAAUUGGGGUCAUUGGGGUGACAGUCAUGGCUGUUUUAUCUGGUUUUGGGGCUGUGAAUUUACCGUACAGUUAUUUGUCACUCUUUAUUAGAGAAAUUGAGGAAUCAGAGAUCAAGGCUCUGGAAAGGCAAUUAAUGCAAUCAAUUGAGACUUGUAUUGCAAAGAAAAAGAAAAUUAUUCUUUCUCAAAUGGAGAUGGAACGAAUUCAAGGAUCAGAGGAGAAUUUGAAGGCGAGAUCUUUCUUUAAAAGAAUAGUUGGAACAGUUGUACGAUCAGUUCAGGAUGAUCAAAAGGAGCAAGAUAUUAAAAUCAUGGAAGCAGAGGUACAAGCUUUAGAAGAACUUUCAAAGCAGCUUUUCCUGGAAAUAUAUGAGCUUCGCCAAGCCAAGGAAGCAGCUGCUUUUUCUCGGACUUGGAGGGGUCACAUGCAGAAUCUACUUGGCUAUGCAUGUUCUGUCUAUUGUGUAUAUAAGAUGAUUAAGUCUUUGCAAAGUGUUAUUUUCAAGGAGGCUGGCUCAGUAGAUCCUGUGACUAUGACUAUCAGCAUAUUCUUGCAGUUCUUUGAUAUAGGAAUCAAUGCUGCAUUACUGUCGCAGUAUAUUUCACUGUUAUUCAUUGGAGUAUUGGUCGUUAUAUCAGUUCGGGGGUUCUUGACAAAUUUGAUGAAGUUUUUCUUUGCAGUUUCCAGAGUAGGGAGUGGAUCUUCAAGUAACGUUGUACUUUUUCUAUCCGAAAUCAUGGGAAUGUACUUUGUCUCUUCUAUUCUCUUAAUAAGGAAAAGCUUAGCAAAUGAAUACAGGAUGAUCAUAACAGAUGUAUUGGGAGGAGAUAUUCAGUUCGAUUUCUAUCACCGAUGGUUUGAUGCCAUUUUUGUUGCAAGUGCUUUCCUAUCUCUGCUUUUGCUUUCUGCACAUUAUACUUCCCGGCAGAAUGACAAACACCCAAUUGAUUGAUAUACCCAUUGUCGUAUUGCAGAUAAACAAUCACUGAAGAUGUCUAUAGGACAUUGCAGAAGGAACUCCAUUUUUGAGGGUUUGUACCAGUAAGAAUUUUCCUUUUUUUUUUUUUGUUUUUUUGGUGAAAGUGUAAACGCUGUUGAUGAUGAUAAUGGAGAUGUUCGAAAAAUAAAAAGCCAUUCCAUUAAUUCAGUAAAUAUAAGCUCUACUUCUCAACAUUUUUCUCCGUUGC